AUGGACAAAUGGUGGUUUUCUGUAGUGGGAAUCCUCUUGGCCACCUUCCUGGUAGCCUCGGCUUCUACCCUGGCCCUUCUUUCUACACAUGAGGACCUUAAGAAACUUCCUUCAGCCCCUGGCACAUCUGCUCGGCAAAGUAGCAGCACCCUGGACACCCGAACAGAAACUGUUGACAGCAUCUCAGUUGAGAAGAAUUCAGAGGCCCUGGAGAAGAGAGCAGGAGCCCUUUCUAAAGAGGCAUCAGGAGGCCAGGAGGCCCCCUCAAUGUCUGGCCCCUUAGGAAGUACCAGGCCCUCAAGGAGAGGCAUACCCAGACCAAUCCCCUCAGUCCUGACCACAUCUGCAGCCCACAGAACUGCUGAUUCUCAGCCAGUGUCCUCAGAUGCUGACCCUGUAGCAGAAAACAUGGCCUCUAGAACUCUAGAAACAAUUGCUAUGCCAUUGCCACAGCCUUCUUCCACACAUGGAUCUGAGAAGAAGUUCAGCAAGGUCCCCAAGUUGUCUUGGAUAGUCCCUGCCUCUGCAUUGCCGGCGACAAACGUUGCACCUAAACCAACAUGCCCUCCAGUCAGAGUGUUCCCUUUCCCCAUAUUUUCUAGAGCUCCAUGCCUGUUCCAGAACACCUUCAGUCCCACUGCGUGGAGGACUGGCCACUCCAGGCCAGAGGCAUCCCCUUCUGUGGCUCCCAGGAGCUCCUCAGGACUGCCUAACUUUCCAGGGGUGCCUAACACAUUGAACGUCACAGAGCCCCUGCUGCCUGCAUCUUCAGGAGCAUCCCAGCUGGGCCUGCCCUCCCAAGCCUUUACAGUGGGCUCCGGGUCAGCUGAAAACGCUGUAGCUUUGGCCACAGGCCCAGUAUCCAGUGAUGCUUCUGUGCUGUUGUUGUCCUCAGCAACGUCACCUUCACAUCCAUUUUCCCCCUACUCCCCGCCCUCCUCAUCGGCAGCGCUCCCAUCUUCAUCCCCAUUGCCUGCAUCUCUGUCAUUCUUCCCAUCACCAUCCUCGAUCCUGGCCCCAAUUUCCUCUGUCGCCACAGAAGCCAGGGACCUUCCUCAACCUUCUGUGUCUGUGACCGCACCCUCAACUACAGACUCUUUCAUUAAAACCUCAAACCUUGCACCCCUACAGCCCAGCCACCCCGGGCCAUGGGUUCCUACCAGCCCGGUCCACCUGCCCACCCUCUCCCUCGCCCCACAUAGCUCUGGCUCCACAAAGUUAUCUGGAGGUGCUGAUACUACCCACUCCCCUACCCUGCCUCACCCUGGCCAAGCUGUGUCUUUGCAGGACUUGAGUUCCUCCACUCCAGGACCUAGUCAAGUGAUUCACUCUGUGACCUUCAGGAUCAACAGUGAAUGCUUCACCACAGCUGCCUGGAACCUGAUGGCCCUGAAGCACCAGACGUUGGAGAGGUUUCUCUGCUACCAGCUCCAGCUUGUCUAUCGUGAGGCCUUCUCCAGCUUCAAGAAUGUCAGCGCCCUGCUGUUUCGGCCCGGUUCUACAGAAGUGCAGGCCUCCCUCGUGUUUGGUCAGCCAGAUCCCUCAGCCCUAGAAAUCCUCUGGACUUUAUACCACAAAGUGAAGGGCUCCAGGGGGUUGCUUGGGCACCUGUCCCUGACUGACAACAGCCUCUCCUCUGAUGGGUACAACGUAACAGACCUCUCCCGGGAGACCGUCAGCAUCAGCUUCAUCCUCAUGAGGCCCUUCCUGCCCCAGCUGCUUCUGCCGGGAUCUCAAGCUUUUAUCCUGUUGGAGAAGCAGAUCCUCCCACUGGUCACCCCUGAAGUGUCAAGAUUCUACAAGGCUAAUCCCCAGGACCAGCCCCUCCUCCUGUUCAGCAACGUGAACGAGUGGGUGAGCAUUUACAUGGAAUACAAGUUCAAGAGCCCCGUCCCCACCCACCUCCAAGGCCUGGCCAGUUACUUGGCCCAUCACAUAACAGACCCCACCCUCCAGAAAUCCAGCAUGGUGGUCAAUGGUGAGAAGGCAGAGCUGGCACUUUAUGAGACACGGCUCCUGAUCCUGGAUCAUCCCUUCAUCAAGGCCUUGGAGAGCAAGACCAGUUCUGAGUCCCAGGAGCUUCGUGGCCUGCUGACAAAAUGGCUGACCUCCGUCCUCCAGCCAUUGCAGAACUUUGGUCAAGUCGUGGUGGAAGAAUUCCAGCAGGAGCCACUGACUGCCAAAGUGCAAGCUGCCUUCUUUGGGGCUGCACCAGCCCAGGCCGUCAUUCAAGACUGCAUGCGCCAAGCCCUGAGCUUCCUGCAGGAAGCUGAGGGUCUCCAGUUCGAGAUGUUUGUCCCAGUCCUUGGCAUACCCAGCUCCAGAGCCUCCAGAGGCCCCAGCCAUGGGUUCAUGCUGAAUCUCCAGCUCAUCACCUCUCUCCUCAUCCUGGUGGCCCCUGGAGCUGCUCCCCACUUCACCAAGAAGCAAACCCCAUACCUCUCCUAG